GGAGAACUUAAGGAACGCACUUAGACACAGAGUCUAGAAGAUAGACAGCCAAGAACACACCAGGCUUCCACUGUGCCCCCGUGCAGAAAAGGCCCCAGGGGAGAAUUUGACAGCUGAGCCUCAAAAACAAGCUGUGACUAAGCUGACGCCAUGGAGAAAGGGAGGUGUAGUUCUGAAGAUGCUCCCAGAACCUCCAUGCCUGAUGAACUAUCUCAUCCUAUGUUCUCCGAAUGGAAGUUUAAGCUUUUUCGGGUCAGGUCCAUGGAAAUGGUCCCCCUGCCUAAUGACACAACAGUGGAGAAGGAGAACCAGGCUGAGGUGGAGAUUGAGAUGGUGAGCUCCCCAGGCAGUGUCAUGAAACUCUGUUUUGGGGGGAAGAGUAAGGAAAAUGUGGAGGGAGCUCGAGGGAGAGUGGAUCUCAAGCUGCAGGAGAUUGAUACACAUAUGAAUCUAAUAAAAAGCCUCUGUCGUCUGUGUGGCCUGGCUAUACGGAAGGCUAAAGGUCCAGCGCAUGAAGUCCAGGGCGACCUGGAAGAGUCCAGCAGAUGUGCUUUGCGCAGGAUGGGCUGCAAGUUGGUGACCUGGUCGGAGGUUAUCAUGAAAGUCUUCAAGGUGGACGUGACGACCGACAUGGAAACGGUCCAUCCGUCCUUGUUCUGUCACCGGUGCUGGAUGGCUGCCAUGAGGGGAGGAGGGUUCUGUUCAUUCACAAGGACCAGAAUUCCUGACUGGAAGCCCCACACCUCCAACUGCAACCUCUGCUUCCACAAGAAAAGCUCUUUUGAACGGAUGAGAAGGAAGCGGACCAAGCCACUUAAAGGUGCAUACAGCCUCAAAAAGAGAAUCAAGGGGGACUUCUCGGCAUCCUCAGGGGCCAACAGAGUGUGGAGACAGUCCACAGACAAUCAAGGAGGAUCAGGUGGGAAUGACUGGCAAAAAGCAUCAGUUCAGAGAGGACAAUGGGUGAAGACCAUCACACACUGCCAGAGAGACCAUCUGAGCUCAAAGCUCAUCCCCCAAGAGCUCCCAACGGACUUGCUAAGUGCCAUUACCUGCCAAGUGUGUGAUCACCUUCUUUCUGACCCCGUCCAGUCCCCAUGCCGACACCUGUUCUGCCGGGUCUGUAUCGUAAGGUACAGUCACGCUUUGGGGCCACACUGUCCCACCUGUAACCAAUAUCUGAAUCCAUCCCACCUGACGAGGCCAGACAAGUUCUUUCUCACCACUCUUAGCUCCCUUCCUCUUCUCUGCCCCAGCAAAGGCUGCAAUGAAUGGGUCAGAUUAGACUCCUUUAGAGAACACUGCCUCAACCACUAUCAGGUCAAAGAGUCCCAAGAAGACCAAACACCUUCAGAACAGAACCUAGAUGGCUACCUGCCCAUCAACAAAGGUGGGCGUCCUCGACAGCAUCUGUUGUCGCUAACCCGACGUGCACAGAAGCACAGGCUUCGGGACUUGAAGAACCAGGUGAAAGUCUUUGCUGAUAAGGAAGAAGGAGGGGAUGUGAAGUCGGUCUGUUUAACGCUCUUCCUUCUGGCGCUGAGAGCAGGGAAUGAACACAAACAAGCAGAUGAACUGGAAGCCAUGAUGCAAGGCAGAGGAUCUGGGCUACAUCCCGCAGUGUGUUUGGCUAUAAGGGUCAACACCUUCCUCAGUUGCAGUCAGUACCACAAGAUGUAUCGCACCGUCAAGGCCACUAGUGGCCGCCAGAUAUUCCAGCCCCUGCACACACUACGCAGUGCUGAGAAAGAGCUUCUUCCUGGUUUCCACCAAUUUGAGUGGCAGCCGGCUCUCAAAAAUGUUUCCAGCUCCUGGGAUGUGGGCAUCAUUGAUGGCCUCUCUGGUUGGACGGCCUCUGUUGAUGAUGUCCCUGCCGAGACUAUUGCAAGAAGGUUCCGCUAUGAUGUUGCCCUUGUCUCAGCAUUAAAAGACCUUGAGGAGGACAUCAUGGAGGGGUUGAGAGACAGGGUGCUGGAUGACAGUACUUGCACCUCAGGCUUCACUGUGGUGGUAAAAGAAUCAUGUGACGGUAUGGGAGAUGUCAGCGAGAAGCAUGGAACCGGUCCAGCAGUGCCUGAAAAGGCGGUGAGGUUCUCCUUCACUAUCAUGUCCAUCUCCAUCCGAGCUGAAGGUGAGGAUGACACUGUCACCAUAUUCCAGGAGCUGAAGCCAAACUCGGAGCUUUCCUGUAGGCCUUUGUGCCUCAUGUUUGUGGACGAGUCAGACCACGAGACCCUCACGGGCAUCUUGGGACCUGUGGUGGCAGAGCGGAAAGCCAUGAAGGAAAGUCGGCUUAUCUUAUCUGUCGGUGGUCUUCUGCGUUCUUUUAGGUUCUUCUUCUGGGGAACAGGCUAUGAUGAGAAGAUGGUACGGGAAAUGGAAGGUCUAGAAGCUUCAGGUUCCACUUACAUAUGUACCCUCUGUGACUCAACUCGAGCUGAAGCUUCUCAGAACAUGGUGCUACAUUCCAUCACACGUAGCCACACUGAAAACCUUGAACGAUAUGAGAUCUGGAGGAAAAAUCCAUUCUCAGAGUCUGCCGAGGAACUCCGUGACCGAGUCAAGGGUGUUUCCGCCAAGCCCUUCAUGGAGACCCAGCCCACUCUGGAUGCCCUGCACUGUGACAUAGGCAAUGCGACUGAAUUCUACAAGAUUUUUCAGGAUGAGAUUGGCGAAGUCUACCAGAGGAGCAACCCAAGUCGAGAGGAGCGCCGUCGCUGGCGGUCAGCUCUGGACAAACAGCUGAGAAAAAAACUCAAACUCAAGCCUGUGAUGAGGAUGAACGGAAACUAUGCUCGCCGACUGAUGACACGUGAGGCUGUGGAGGCAGUCUGUGAGCUUGUUCCUUCCGAAGAACGUCGCGAGGCACUACAGAAGCUGAUGGAACUCUACAUCCAGAUGAAGCCUGUGUGGCGUUCCACCUGUCCAGCACGAGACUGCCCUGAUCAACUGUGUCGAUAUAGUUACAACUCUCAACAAUUCGCCGACCUCCUUUCCACCACGUUUAAGUACCGCUAUGAUGGCAAAAUCACCAACUACCUCCACAAGACUCUGGCCCAUGUGCCUGAGAUCGUCGAGAGAGAUGGAUCAAUUGGAGCAUGGGCCAGUGAAGGUAAUGAGUCAGGGAACAAGCUCUUCAGACGCUUUCGUAAGAUGAAUGCAAGGCAGUCUAAAACAUUUGAACUCGAAGAUGUACUAAAACACCACUGGCUAUACACCUCCAAGUAUCUUCAGAAGUUUAUGGAGGCUCACAGGAAUUCUGCAAAAGCUCUGCAAGCCACAAUCAACCCUGAAGAAACACCAGAUGAAGUUGACAUAUCACUUGAUGUGCAAGAUUUUUGAUUGACUUUCUUUAAUGGACCAUUUUCCUUGCUAAUGAAAAUAUUGUUAAGUAAUUGAUUGUAUUUCUUGAGAUGAGAUGCAAUAGUAGGUGUAAUAGUUUUAUUAUUCACUUCCAUUAUUUUUUUUUAGCUAGGGUAUAGAAGUGAGCUAAAUUGUUUUAUGGCAGAGAUAAAAUUGUAGAGGAAGGGCUAUUACUUCUGAUUUUUACAGGCAAGUGUUUUUUGUUUUAUCUCUUGCUGCUUGUGAAAUAUGAGGGAGUUUAUUGUAUUGGCGUGUUGUGAUACCUUCACGAAUUCAUACAGAAGGGUUAUUUAUGGUAAUUAUAAGUACAAGGGAACUGUAAGUCACUGGAAUUGUGUUAAAGGAGCCCCACAUUUAUGAUGGCUGUAUUAAUUUAUCACACAUGGCAAAAACAAUAUGGAAUUAGGAAACUCAAAUUGUCUCCAUUGUCUCCAAAAAGUUUUUUUUUUUUUUAGUUCCAUUUAUCACAGUAUUCUGAUUAGGCUCCACUGGGCUACAAAUGACUCUGAAUGACCCAUAAACACUAUGUUAAAUCAUCUGCACAUUCAAGUAGAUUCAGACCCAUAAUCUACCUCAGUUUUCAGUCUUUGAUCCCAAAGGUCCCAAAGGACAUUUGCACCAUGCCAUUCACACACUUUCAAACCCAUUCUUGAAAUGGCCUUGUCAGAAACAAAACACACAUAUUGACUCAAUUUGUCAAUUUUCUUUAUGGUUAUAUGUGUUACAUUUUUUUUAUUCACAUUAAACUUUUACCUCAGUUUAUUAAUUAUACUUGUUUAUUGGUACUAGAUUUCAUUCAUGUUUUUAUAUUUUGCUCUUUCAAACUGAGAAGGAUUUUAAUGAGCCACUGUUUACUUUAUAAAUUCAUUUGAUUGAUUUUUUUAAAUGAUUUGAUUUCUUUGAUAUUAUACAUUAUAUGUCCAGUCUAAAUGUUUGUAGUUUAAACCUAAAUUUUGGGUACUCCUAGCUGUUAUAUUAGCUUUUACUUUAUUAAUCUAAAUGUACCUCUCAUGAUUAUAUUCAGUGCACAUAAUAUAUCUAGUUUAAGUAAAACUGUAUGUCUGUUUAUAUACUGUAGCUUUAUCCUGAAGACAUGAGCAUGUUUUAUGGCAAUAUGCCAUUUUUGUACUGUUUAAAAUUUGGAAUGAAACUCUUUGCUUUGGACAGUCCAUUCUUAAUUGUAAAAAAAUAAUUCUGUUUUGUAGACUUGCACAAAGGCACUGGAAAUGUUCUUGAAUCAACAUUAUUUCUUUCUUUCACUGUUUGAGAACAUUACAGUGAUUGUUGUAAUUCAUGAACGUGGAUUUAUCCUUUACAGUACAUUUGACUUCUCAAUUAUGGAAUAUAAUUUUGUAAAAAAUGACAUUUUACUUUGUCACAUUGUAAAUAAAAAGGAAAUAAACAA